AUGUCAUUUGGUAAAAAUAAAUUAAUUAAUAAUGCGAUUAACAGAUCAUAUGCAUUAAUGGAUUCAAAUGUUCGUAGUAGUACACACAAAGCUUAUGAAUUUUGUAAACAGACAAUUCUUGAUGAUGAAUCACUUACGGAAAAUGAAAAAUCUGAAGCAAUAGGAAUACUAACUGAAAAUUAUGAUCAUAACAAACUUCUUUUUAAUGCAGGGACAAAAAGAAUUUGUGAAAAUUGUAACCAAAAAUGUUUAGCUACAACAUAUUGUGAAAAUUGUGUUCGAAAUUAUUUAAAAGAAAAUUUUUCAAAUUGGACAUCUGGAAAUGUUAUUAUUGAUAAUUUAAUACAAAAAUGUCAAAUAAAAACAAUUGUCCCAUAUCUAAUACCAGAAUGGAUUCCAUAUAAUAAUCUACAAAAUAUUAAAUAUCUAGCAAAAGGUGGAUUUUCAGAAAUUUAUACAGCGAGCUGGAUUGAUGGGCAUUUUAUUGAAUGGGAUUCUGAAAGGCAACAAUUAAAAAGAUUUGGAAAUCAAAUUGUAAUACUUAAAAGAUUGAAAAAUGUUGAAAAUGCAAGCCAAAGUUGGAUUGAAGAGGUUUGUAAUUUAAAAAUUAAAAAAGUUAACAAAUAA